AUGGACUACGAGAUGGACCUAGAGCCCACAGGGCCCCAAGUAACCGUCCGCGAGGCUGAACCUCUUCGCGUGGACUUCAGACUCAGCUCCGUGGACCUUGCAUUCGCCAACUCCCUCCGCCGCACAAUCCUCGCCGAAGUGCCCACACUGGCCCUGGACCUGAUCGAAAUCGAAAGCAACACCUCCGUCCUCCCAGACGAAAUGCUCGCGCACCGCCUGGGCAUGAUCCCCCUCAACUCCAACAACUGCGAUGACCUGGAUUACACACGAGACUGCGACUGCGAGGACCACUGUGUGCGCUGCAGCGUGACACUCUCCCUGCACGCCCGCUGCGGCAGCGGCAUCAUGUCCGUGUACGCGCGUGACUUGGUCGUCGUAGGCGAACGUGUCAACGAAACGAUUGGUAACCCCGUCGUGAACGACCCCGAGCAAAAGGGACCUUUGAUUUGCAAGUUGCGGAAGGGUCAGGAGAUUAAGAUGACUUGCCUCGCUAAGAAGGGAACCGCUAAGGAACAUGCUAAGUGGGCGCCUACUGCUGCUGUAGGCUUUGAAUAUGACCCCAACAACAACCUCCGGCACGUGGAUUACUGGUAUGAGCAGGAUGCCGCGAAGGAAUGGCCUGUCUCUGAAAACGCCGCAUGGGAACCUGCGAAUGGUCCCGACCAGCCAUUCGACUACGACGCCGAACCCCACACCUUCUACGUCGAUGUCGAGAGCAUUGGAAUGCUCGAGCCAGACAUGAUCAUCCAACAGGGCCUCAUCGAGCUGCAGCGCAAGCUAGCAACCACCGUCUCCGUCCUCUCCGGCGAAGGCGAGGACGGCCACGCCGGAGGCAUGGAAGAUGCCGAUAUGAUGGGCGCCAACGACCCUGAUGCUUACGAGCCCCCCGAAGGCAUUGACGGUAACAUGACUUCCUACGGAAAUGGAGCUGCUAGUGCCUGGGGCGCGAGCGCACAGACACCAUACGGUGCCACGCCUUACGGGCAGAGCAGCUAUGGGUUCUGA